UACCGAUCUGCCACUGUCGGAGGGGAACACGGGUCCUAGGGUUGGUGGAUCGGUUCAGCAAAAUGGCUUAUUUUGUCCCCCUGCCCAGGUUACAGUCUGCCAAACAGACCACCCAAAUACUGUUGGAAGUGGUGUUUUGUUAUCACAGGCUGCCAUGGGAUAUCGUGUCCGACAAGGGCCCACAAUUCGCCUCAGCCUUCUGGAGGAGUUCUGGAGGAGUUCUGCCGCCUCCUGGGAGGCUCGGCCAGCCUCACGUUCGGGUUCCACCCUCAGUCCAACGCACAAGCGGAAAGGCUGGAAAGGAGGUCUGUCGCCUUUCAACUGCGUGUUCGGGUACCAGCCACUGCUAUUUGGAGAAGAGCGUCUCCUGCCCCGUCAGCUUCCGCCUGCAUUCAGCAGUGUCACCGGGCCUGGGCCAGAGCCUGCGCCAGUCUCCUCAGAGCGGUUGUCGUACUGGGUCGGACAGCAAGUGUGGCUGUCAACAAGGGAUAUGCCACUCAAGGUGGAGUCCCUUAAGUUGGCUCCCAAGUUUAUCAGGCCAUUCCCAGUUGUCAAGGUAAUCAGUCCGUCAAUUGUCCGACUCCGUCUUCUCAGCUCCAUGAAGGUCCACCCCACUUUCCAUGUCUUGCGGGUCAAGCCAGUCCACAAAUGCAUGUUGUUCCAUGCCCCCACUCCGGCUCCUCCCCGGAUAAUCGAUGGGGGUCCUGUCUACACAGUCCCUCACCUGCCUUCGGUUCCAUCGGCGGGGCAGGGGCCUCCAGUACUUUGUAGACUGGGAGCGACAUGACGUGUUGGCGCGAUCGUGGAUACCUGCCCGAUGGAUCACGGACCUGGGUUUGACAGCCGACUUCCAUCGCCUCCUUCCAGAUCAGCCAGCCUGGCGGAGAGGCCGCCCAAGAGGGUCUAGCAACGUUCCGGGGCAGUCGCUCAACCCACCUGUCGACCCGAGGCCUCAGUUGCCUCUCGCAUCUAUAUGUCCCCCGGCCGGACAGCUGAGCUGGUGCCACCCGAAGAUAGGUCUGGGGCGUUUGGACCGCCCGACUCCGAGGACGAGGCAAUGUCGGUGGUGUCUCUGGAUGUCGAUGCCAUGGACACGGAGGGCUCAGAGGAGUACUGAGUCGCUUUUCAAUGGACAGUCAAAACAUCUUAAAAGAAAAAAAACCAUAGCCAAAAACUGCAAUACAUCAUCACCAAAAUUUAUGAGCACAUCCAAGGCUCCAGACGAACAUUUUCUACUCGGAGCAUGGCAGAC